AUGUCCUCAGCUGCAAACGCCGUCGAUGGAAGGCCAGGAGGGCCUUCGUCUGGAUUCGAUAGCCCGCGCAAUACCCUCGCACCGAGCACGGGAACGGUGGUCGCGAUCAACGACCAGACGGCGCAGCCCCAGAUACCAAUGGCUCCAACUGGCGUGACCAGCACAGGACUUCCCUUCGACGAAGAGGCAAAGUUGGUGUAUGGAGUGGUCAUUUCCCUUAGAAAUAUGGUCAAGAAGCUGUCCGGGCGAGACGAGCAAUUCACAGGCUACCGAACUUCAGCAUACAGACUACACUUAUUCGAAACGCCGUCGGGGUACAAGUUCGUCAUGCUCACAGACCCCAAAUCCGACUCGAUGCGUUCAGUCUUGAAACAAAUAUACCUCGUUGGAUUCUUGGAAUACGUCGUCCGCAACCCUCUCAUCAAGAUGGAUUCAAGAGAACAAGGAAUCGACAAUGACAAUUUCAGAAGUGCAAUCGACCGUUAUGUUAGGGGUCUUCCCAAUUAUAAUUGA